AUUUGGAAAAGUGGUGAAAAGAAGCGUUCCUGGUUGGGAAGACAAGUAAGAGUUCAAAAUUCCGGGGGAGCACCAGAGGCUGGCGCAAGGCCACGACGUUUGAAGCGAACGACCCGACCCCAGGGCUUGUCCUUGUCGCAAGUCAAAGCCACAGACACCGAGUCAGUUACACAUAACAUACUCGGAUCCUACGAACUCGAGAGAUUGAAUAUUCAAUGUUUGAAGGAUAUUCGCAAGCCUCAUAAAGGACUGGGCCCCCGGGUGGCUCCUCGAAAUCAAUGUCGUCUCUGAAUAGUGGUGGAGGUGGGAGCGGGAGGUCAAUAUUCCCAAAGGGCCCCAGCUUUACUUUAGAGAACUUCUCGAACAAGGACUUUAUUGUGAGAGACUUCGUUGAAGACCUCGCGGAGAGUGCAGUACCUGUUAAUCGAAGAUCUGGACCGGCGCAUCAGGCUUUCGACCCAAAACCUUUGAUCAGGACCUUUGAGAACGCUCUCUCACAACUUGCAACUCUAUCAGAUGAGCUGGGAGAAAGGGAAACAGAUCUCCUCACAUCCGUACGGCGCGCCGAAAUACAACACGACCAAACAUUGGAGACUCUGGGAAGGAAGCUGGAUCAAUCGAUAGACUCCUUCGAGACCCUCGACGUUACCCUAAACAAUCCUAAUGGCGCCAAUGGUAACGACAGAAAUGGCCGGUCAGAUGGAGGGGGUAUGGUUGCUGUACAGAUCGGUGAGAGACUGGAGGAUCUGGACAAGCAGAGACGGAGAGCGCUGGACGCCAACUUUUUGAUUCAGUGCUGGCUAGAAGUCAGUGAGGCCGGAGAACUCACUUCUCUAGAAGACAUGAUUCGACGACAAGGAAGUGGCGAGAACAAGGUUCGAUGCGCGAUCAUAGCCAGGCAGCUUAUGCGUAUGAGCCAAAGGCUUGAUCCCCAAUCUUGGUCACAGACGAAUGGGAAGAAAGUCAAUGGUGUCACGAAUGGCGUGGUGGGCUACAGGAACAAUAACACAAGAGAGCUGAUAGAGAAGUUCUCCGAGACUCUGGAGAAGGAUCUCUUAAAACAGUUUGAUGACAGCUACCGUAGGCAGAACUUCGACGACAUGUUGGAAUGCGCGAAAGUCCUUCACGAUUUCAAUGGCGGAGCAAGUGUCGUUGCCUUGUUCGUCAAUCAGCAUCAAUUUUUCAUUGAUAGAAGUCAGUUGAUCACCGACGAGGUCACCACAGACAACGAGACGUGGGAAAAACUUGCGGAUCCAGAUUCUGACCCUCCAGGAGUCGAGCCAAGUCUUCAGUCAUUGAUUGAUGAGAUCCGUGUUGUUAUGCAAGACGAAUCCUUCAUCAUCAAACGGGCUUUUCCCUACUAUGAUGUUGUACUAACCAAGUUCAUCCAGCGAAUCUUUCAACAGUCGAUACAGCAACGACUAGAGAUGGUUCUAGAGAAAGCUGAUACCAUCUCGUCCCUUGCCUUUUUGAGAUCAUUACAUGCUUCGAGAAGCUACAUCAACAACCUGAUAGAAGAUCUGAAAGCACACGGCUUGACCGAGCACCCAGAACCGUGCUCAGCUCAAACUGCUCUGAGUCUUGACCAGCAAUUAGACGAGCUAUUUGUUCCAUAUCUAGUUGGGAAUUCCUAUAUUGAUAGAGAGCGAAAAAGCUUGGAAGAGUUAUAUUCGUCAUUACUCUUCAAAUACACCAUCUAUCACUCACGGCGAAAGAAGGUGCCUACGGGAUUCAUGGCCUCACUUGCACAGCAAGGAACUCAGCUACUGGCUACUGCGAAGGAUGCUUAUAUCGACCGAUUGGACUCUUCCGAGCUCACUCCUACUCAGAAGGCAAUGAUGUUGCGAGUUGCCGGACUGCGAGAUACAGAUCCAAAUAAGAACAAGAACGAAAUUGAGGUCACCGAUGAAGAUGGAGUUCUCAGUGUACCGAAUGCUAAACGCAUGCUGAAGUGGUUAGCAGAAGGGGUUAGAAGAGCACUAGAGUUGGGCAGUGGUAGCGAUACACCGAAGGAUGUCUCGGCUCUGCUUAACCUAUUAUUGACAAGUAUUGGCCAAGUCUAUAUUGAGACCUCUUUGGAUGCAGCUGCCGACUCAGCUGCUGCUCAAGAGACCCUCAAAGUAGAACCAGACCUUGCAUAUCUGCCAUCAUUACAGCCCGCGAUUACCAUAACGAAUAUCAUGUCUCGCUUUAUCAACACAGUUCUAAUACGGUUAGCAGAGUCGAAUACCACCGUUAGACGAUCAAUGGAACUGCAAACGAAGCAAGGAGUUGAGAGAAUCGAGUCGAAGACCAACAACAUCAUCCGCAGCACGUUGACUGUUGUUCUGAAUUGGGUUACAAAACUCUUAGCUGGCCAAAAAAGAGCCGAUUUUCGACCCAAGGACAGCGACCUGGAAGGUGGGCGGUAUUUCGAAACGUUACAGACAGCAACCUGCCUCUCCAUUUGUACGUUUCUCAAUCGAGUUGCAAGUCUAUCUGCCCAGGCGAUUGACGGCCAAAACCUGGAAAUACUGAGCUCCGAGCUUGCAAUGAGCAUCCGCGACCUUUUGUUUGAGCACUUCAAGAAAUUCAAUGUCAAUGCCACGGGAGGGUUGAUGGUCACAAAAGACAUUUCGAAGUAUACAUCCACUUUGAAGGACUGGCCGUUGACAAAGGAAGCCGAGGGUAGUGUGGAAGUGUUGAGCGAGAUUGGGAAUUUAUUCAUCAUUGGACCAGAAGCCCUUCGCGAUAGGUCACGUACCAUCCAACCUGGUGGUGCUGGAAAGAAGCUCCAAAAGGCUGAUUUCAGAGCGUUUGUCUUAAAACGGGAUGAUUCUGGGAGUGUGGGCGUCCAGAGCGUUCUUGCAGGACUGUGAAACUAAUCUGAUCUAAGCGUAUAUCAAAACUGCAAGGCGUUCAAAGGUUCCGGUAUCCCGAGGUCCCAUGUAUAUAGGUGUAUGUAUGAGUAGGACUGGGGCAAGAUACCAAGGCACUUUUUAUCUUGAAUGCUUUCAACAG